AUGUCGAAAAUAUCAAGGCCUAUUAAGGUGAUCGAAUUUUCGGACUCAGAUGACGACCUGUAUGGAGAUAAGCCCAGCAAACAAAACGGAUCGCAUGGACCAGCAGAGAACUCGGUCUCGAGUGAAAAGGUCCGCGUUGCGGCAGCCCCAUCAAAGGUCUUGAAAAAGGAAAACAAUAUAAAAAUUUCAACUAGCAAACCCAAGGUGGAAAUCAUCGAUAUUAGUAAUGACGACAAGUCGGAUAUUGACGAAGAUGACGAACCAGUUUCUGGAGCUGGCAGAAGGGCAAGAGGCAACGGAACUGUGACUCGCUCUGAUUUGAAACAAGAAAACACAAUUACUGAUGGCGACAGUGCUGGUUCAGAAGAGCCUGUUGAUCCAUUUGACGACCAGAUUAAACCGAAAUCUGAAGACAAAAAGAAUGUAAAAGUUACUCGACAACUCUUCAACGACCUAGAGUCUAAGACUGCAGAGGCUCAAUCAACAUAUAUCCAGCUCGAACAGUGCACAUACCAAGGAAGAGGCAAUAUUGGUAGCUCAGGUCAAGUGGAAGCUAUGAACUGUGACUGCCGGGAGCACUGGGUUAAUGGAAAAAAUAUUGCAUGUGGUGAUGAUUCUGAUUGUAUUAAUAGACUCACGUCUAUUGAGUGUACUAACGAUAACUGUACAUGCGGAGACGACUGUGGCAAUCAGAGGUUUCAAGCUAAACAAUAUGCUAAUGUGGAUGUUAUUCAAACUGAGCUCAAAGGAUAUGGUGUACGGGCGUUGGAGGCGAUUCCUCAAAAUACUUUUAUCUACGAAUAUAUAGGUGAGGUCAUUGACGAAAGUAAUUUCCGUCAAAGAAUGGAAACCUAUAAAUUGGAAGGAAUCCGACACUUUUACUUUAUGAUGCUUCAGAAAGGCGAGUUUAUAGAUGCCACGAAACAAGGAAGUAUGGCGCGAUUCUGUAACCAUUCCUGUCGUCCUAACUGCUAUGUUGACAAAUGGAUUGUUGGCGACAAAGUUAGAAUGGGCAUUUUCAGCAAACGGGAUAUUAUCAAAGGCGAGGAGAUUACCUUUGAUUAUAAUGUAGACCGAUAUGGUACUCAAGCACAACCUUGUUAUUGUGGAGAGUCGAAUUGCAUAGGUAUCUUAGGUGGAAAGACUCAGACGGAGGCAGCAGCUACCAAACUACCGCAACUAAUAGUCGACGUUCUCGAUCUCACGCGACAAGAUGAGAAGCAGUGGCUUUCUAUUGCCAAAAAAUUCAAAAAAGAUGGCCGAGAUGGCAAAUAUGCCACUGCUGAUGCUAGUGGGGCUUCAGAUGAGGAUCUGUAUCGAGAGUAUUCACUGUCGCUUCCUGCCAAACCUGUUCAGGAAGAGUCGGUAACCAAAAUCAUGAGUGCGCUGCUUCAAGGCCAGGAGCAGUGGUUAAUUGAAAAACUGGUCAACCGUAUUUUUAUUACGGAUGAUAGCAGUGUGCAUGGCCAAGUGAUGAGAAUGCAUGGAUACCAAGUGUUCAGUGUAAUAUUAGCAGCAGACUGGCCCAAUGAUGUAGUGCCACUAAUGAUUCUGGAGAUUCUGACUCGAUGGCCACGACUGACCAAAAACAAGAUUUCCAGUUCGAAAAUCGAGUCUAUCGUAGCUGGACUGGCUAAAGAUAGUACAUCAGACAAAGUGCAGAAACUGGCAUCCACUUUACUCCAAGAAUGGAGCAGUUUAGAAAUGGCAUAUCGGAUUCCCCGACGAGAAAGAGGUGCUAAAGAAAGCACUAAUUCGAAUUCAGCCAGUGGUACUCCUCAAGAAGAGGGAGCGUCAUCGUCACCAACCAGACCAGCAUAUCCUCGUGCUUAUGGUAGUAAUAGCCACGAUAAUAUUCAAGACAACCGUGGUGAAAAGCUACCGAGACGAGACUGGGGUGCUAAAGAUAACUAUAAUAAUAGAGGCCGGGAGCGGGAUUAUGAUAAUCGGUACCGUCGCAAUAGGACCAGAUCACCAUCACCGCUACCUUCAGGCUGGGAAACGGCUUUAGCACCAGACGGGCGUCGAUAUUAUUUCAACCGCACCACAGGACUCAGUUCCUGGACGCUACCGAAAGAAGGGUCUCCACAAAAAGACUCGCGCAUUAUUCCCGAUAACGAGAGAGAAAAGGCCGAACUGCUGCAGAAAGAGCAAGAACGGCUUCAAAUCGAACAGAUCAUCGAAUCAGCAAACCAAAGUCGCCAAAAUAUUGUGCUUCUGCAACAGCAGAAAAUCAACGAGCUGCAGUCCAUUGUCGACGCUGUGAAAACCAAAUCAUCGCAUCGGUCCAGCCAUCGGCCAAGCAGUGAAAAGAAAAAGAAGCGUGAGGACGAUACUCCAGAAUCCGUCUUCACCAGAACUGUAAGUAGCACCUAG